GUAUCCCAGGCAGGUCAGGGUUUGCCUCCCCAGCGGGUAUAAAAGCCCAAACCGACCUCAGCUGUCAGUGCGCCUCUCCAGCACGGAAACCAAAACACCACCCUUAGCAUCCACCUUCGCCAUAAUGCAGUCUCCUGUGGUUGUAUUGCUCCUUGCCUUUUGUGUGGGCCUCUCGUAUGCAUCAGGGCCUCAGAUCAGAUCCCGGCGCUUGGUGGGGGGGUCCCUCACCCGGAACGUCCCCUGGCAGGUGCUGCUGCAGUAUUCGGACAGCGUUCUGGACGGCGGGAUUGGGGGCGGAGCUCUGAUUUCCGAGCGCUGGAUCCUGACGAGCGGCCGGAAUCUGUUCCUCAACAAGACCGGCCAGCCGACCAAGAGGGAGCCCACAGACCUUCCCCUGGUGUACGUGGGAACCACCAACCGCAGGACGUUGGAUCCGGCCCAGGCGGUGGAAGUGGAGAAGGUGUUCUUGCACCCAGACUUCCAGAAUGCCUCCACCUGGGACAACAACCUGGCCUUGAUCAAGCUGAAGAAGCAGGUGGUCGUCAGCGAGAAGGUUCAGCCAAUCCCGCUGCCCGGGGCCGGCCAGGACCUGGAGGAUAAGGAAGGAACGCGGGGCGUGGUGUCGGGCUGGGGGUGGGGCAACACCUUCACCUUCUCCGAGUUGCUCAAGUACCUGGUGGUGCCCGUGGUGAAUCGGGGGCUGUGCCGGGCCGAGUACAAGCAGGGGGGGCGGGUGCUGAGAGAUACACCGCAGGUGGACGACCGCACCUUCUGCACCGGCGCCACCGAGCUGAAGGAGAACGUGUGUUUCGGGGACGAGGGGGGCGCCCUGGCCGUCCUGGACCCGACGGACGACAGGGUGUACGCCGCCGGGAUCCUCUCCUUCGACAAGAACUGCCAGGUGGAGAAGUACGCCGUCUACACCAAGGUGUCGGCCUACUUGCCCUGGAUCAUCAGCGUGAUGAGGGGGGACUCGGACGACUCCGACGCGCUGCGCGCCUCCGCCAUGCGCCAGAUGUUGGGGGGCGUGUAAAACGCGCGCGGCGGAGGAGGCAGCGGCGGCGGCGGUGGCGGCGCAGCGCCAGGAGCCGCACGGGGGCGGGUUGAUUGCACCCGCCAAUUUUUUUUUUUUUUUGUAAACGCCCUGUUCCCCAAACGAACGGGAGUCGUGAUUUGCUAGCUCCGACGUGCCCUUGUUUGUUUUGACGUGUGUCAUAACCGUAGUGUUUGAUUUUUUUGUUUGUUUUUUGAAUUACUGGAUUUUCGGUGAAAUUUCAUUUUGAAUGGUAAAUCCCCGUGUUGUUGUAAACAACAUUUCUGCUGUAUUAGAGAAAGCCAAA